AUGUCUGUUGCUGUAACCAAAUCAUCAAUAACAACGCCAAUUCCAAAGCAACAGCUUAAAUUUAGAGCAGGCAUCUGUUCUUUCGAUGAAGAAACUAAAAUAAUAACACCUAAACCUAUAAAGGGUUUAAUUACAAUGAUCCCAGUAAAAAAUGAGGAUGAGGAAGAAGACCAAAAUAUGGAUGAAGAGGAGGAAGAUCUGAAAAUGUAUAAUUUUAAGUGGACUCCAACUGAAAAAUCAGUUACCCCCGUAGAAGAUAUUGAAUAUGUGUUGUUACCAGGUGAAAAUAGUUGGCAAAAGAUAGAUUCUUGUACUAAUGGUAGAUGUUUUGUAUUAUUGUUUAGUAGUGGUGAAAAACAAUUUUUUUGGUUACAGGAUAAAACAGAUUCUAACAAGAAAUUAAAUGAAUUGAGUGAUAAGGAUGAAAAGCUUAUUUUGGAUAUUAAUAAAGUGAUGUCUGGGGAAUAUUGA